AUGGAGCCCCUGUCGCCGGCCGGCUGGAACGCCUCGUCGGCGGCCCCCGGGAACGGGUCUCUGGCGGGCUGGGCGGCCGCCCCGGGGGCCCGCGCGGUGCUGGUGCCCGUCCUCUACCUGCUGGUGUGCGCCGCGGGGCUGGGCGGCAACGCGCUGGUCAUCUACGUGGUGCUGCGUCACGCCAAGAUGAAGACGGUCACCAACAUCUACAUCCUCAACCUGGCGGUGGCCGACGUGCUCCUCAUGCUCGGGCUGCCCUUCCUGGCGACGCAGAACGCCCUGUCGUACUGGCCCUUCGGCGCCGCGCUCUGCCGCCUCGUCAUGUCGCUGGACGGUGUCAACCAGUUCACCAGCGUCUUCUGCCUGACCGUCAUGAGCGUGGACCGCUACGUGGCCGUGGUGCACCCCGUCCGCGCCGCCAAGUGGCGCCGCCCGCGCGUGGCCAAGCUCACCAGCGCAGCCGUCUGGGCCCUGGCGCUGCUCGUGUCGCUGCCCCUCGUGGUGUUCGCCGACGUGCAGGAGGGCUGGGGCACCUGCAACCUGAGCUGGCCGGAGCCCGUGGGGCUGUGGGGCGCCGUCUUCAUCGUCUACACCUCGGUGCUUGGCUUCUUCGGGCCGCUGCUCGUCAUCUGCCUGUGCUACCUGCUCCUCGUGGCCAAGGUGCGGGCGGCGGGCGUGCGCGGGGGCUCGGCGCGGCGGCGGCGGUCUGAGCGCAAGGUGACGCGCAUGGUGGUGGUGGUGGUGGCCGUGUUCGCCGGCUGCUGGCUGCCCUUCUUCGUGGUCAACCUCGUCAACCUGGCCGUCGCCCUGCCCGAGGAGCCCGCCGCCGCCGGCCUCUACUUCUUUGUGGUCAUCCUCUCCUACGCCAACAGCUGCGCCAACCCUGUGCUCUAUGGCUUCCUCUCCGACAACUUCAGGCAGAGCUUCCGGAAGGUUCUGUGUCUCCGCAAGGGCUCCGGCGCGGAGGAGGCGGACGGCACGGAGCCGCAGCUGGACAAGAGCGGCCGCCUGCCCGAGGCCCGCAGCCCUGGGGCUAAUGGGGUGCUGCAGACCAGCCGGCUGUAAGGACUGGGCAGGGCGACCCCCGGAGCC